AUCAUAGGUACACUUGCUACAGGGUUCUCGCUGAGUUCGUGUGCAAUUGCAUUAUAGUAAAGGUAACCCCAGUAUAUUUACGUGUUACAGGCGUAUUUCUAAUCCAAAAUACAGAAAAUGCGAGUUUUGAGAAUAUAAUUUUUUACUAUACAUGUCGGUAAUAAACAACGCUGUUUAUUACUUGUGUAACAACAAUAAUAGAUAAACAUGGCGCGACACCAACAACGAAUCGUGUGCUGCUAUUGUUUGUCGAUGUUUUGCUUAAUUUCAACGAGGAAACAAGGCGUCAUAAAAUCAAGAUUCUAUCGUCAUCAAAAUGACGAAAAAUGAUAAUCUUAUCAUUGAGGCAACGCAUCGGUAGACAUUUGGUGCCUCUAUUUUGGUGCUCAAUCAGAGAAAGUAUUACCAAAAUUAAGAACAUUAAUCGUGGUGGAAUAAACUCACGUUUAAAUCACGUUUCUCCCCCAUAUCAGUAAACUUUCUACAGUAAUAUGUUUUGAUAUGCAGUGUCAUACUAUUGACCCCGAACGCGAGGAAACAGAGAUAAGUAAAGAUUAUCCUGUAUUGAAGUCAUUUCUGGCUGGCUCUUUCUCUGGUACCUUCUCAACUAUUUUAUUUCAACCCCUUGAUUUGAUCAAAACUAGACUCCAAAAUAGAGUAAACAAUGUAGGACGUCAAAGAUAUGGUAUGAUGUCAACAACCAUUGCAAUAAUUCAAAAGGAAAAUAUAUUUGGAUUAUGGAGAGGUUUCACACCGUCUAUGACAAGAGUUAUCCCAGGAGUAGGUUUAUACUUUUCAACCCUACAUUGGCUUAAAAACACAUUAGAUUUAGAUGAUCCGAUCACACCUCUUCAAGCAAUUGCUUUGGGAAUCACAGCAAGAACAAUUUCAGGAUCUUUGCUUAUUCCAAUCACAGUUGUGAAAACAAGAUACGAGAGUGGAGUAUACAAAUAUAAUAGUAUAGGAGAAGCUCUCAGACUAAUUCACAAAUAUGAAGGUGUGAAAGGACUGUCAAGUGGCCUUGUUCCGACUUUAUUACGUGAUGCACCUUACAGUGGACUGUAUCUUAUGUUCUACACGCAGCUCAAGAAAUUCUCAUCUAAUGAAUUUCCGCAAUACAGCCAAUUGCCAAUGACUCACUUUAGCUGCGGAAUCGUAGCCGGUAUUCUUGCAUCUGUUGUGACACAACCUGCUGAUGUUGUUAAAACAAAGAUGCAGCUUUAUCCAGAAGAAUUCAAAACUUUGAGAAGUUCGUUUUGUUUUGUAUAUUAUAAAUAUGGAGUACUGGGAUAUUUUAAAGGAAUCGUGCCUCGUAUGCUUAGGAGAACGUUAAUGACAUCCAUGGCCUGGACUGUUUAUGAACAGAUUACAAGGACAAUUGGUCUCAAGUAAACUUGUAUAAUAUGUGAUAUAUAGACAGAAAAUCGCUAUACCAUGUACAGUAUUACGAAUGACUGGAUAACUUAUGUCUUCAUUGAAACGUUAUUAUGUAUUAUAAAAGUUUUAUUAUGAAUAGAUAUACAUAUGUAUAUACUUAAUAAUAACAAUUAAUUAAUUGUUAUACGAAAUUCAAAACGAAUUUUAAUGAUUUUACUCUUGUAAGUUGCAGUAGUAGAUAUGGAUGAGUUUGAAGUUUUUUAUUUUGCUAAGACAUAAUACGAUAGAUAAAUCCUUGUGGAAAAUUCUUAUUGAUGUUUAUACAAUUUUAUUCACAAAGUACUUUUAAGAUAAUUACUCUGAUAAUUUAGAAAUCAAAACUUUCGAAAUCUCUUACUUCACAUCUAGUUUACGUAAUCCACAUUGAUAUCAAAUGUUGAAUGUAUAUGCAAACAUUUAAGUUUCUUAAAUUAGUCUUAAAACUAUGAAAAAAAUAUUGCUAAAUGGAAUUUAUAGAUAGGUAUAUUUAAAGGUUCCUUUAUUGUUUACAGUAGAAUGGUUUAUAAAUCUUUUACAAGUCAAGUGUCCUAUAUGUAUAAUUUUAUUAAGCAUUAAUCAUUACAAAGUCUAAAUAUUGAAAACUUUCAGAAUAUUUUAGUUGUCUCAUGAUAACAAGAUCUAACUUAUACAAUUCAGAUAAUAAAUAAGUCAUACUUGUUACAGAAUUAGAUUUACUUUAAUAACAAUAGCAGAAUUUACAUAUAACUCAUUAUGCUGCCAGUACUUAAAGUGAGUAAAAUAAUUCACACACGUUAAAUACGUAUAUCUGAAUUGAUUGUUAAAAGUCUAUGAAGGAAAAUCGAUUCAACGACGUCUGACUUCCAUUUAGUUGUCGGCCAUCUUGCCAGUGCAAAAUUCACUUUCAAAAUCUCAAACUGUAUUUAUGGAAAAUCUUUACCUUAAACAGUACAUUAAGCUGUGCACCAGCUUCCUUGCUAUGGCGUAUAUGACUCUCACAACAUCCAUCCAUGCAGUACAUCCUGAAAAUAGACAAUUCAUGUUGUGAAAAUAUAAAAUAAAUACUUUAAAUAUAUGUAUUUGUUAGGCACAUAAUUAUAUGUAUACAAAAAUUUACAAAAUUUGACAUAAAAUAUUAGCUUGAAUUAAA